AUGAACAUUUUAAAUAGUAACAAUAUUAAUAUACUCGAUCUACCAGAUGAAAUAUUAUCUAUCAUUUUCAAUAAACUGAAGACGAUCGAUAUAUUCUAUUCAUUGGUAGGUGUAAAUCACCGAUUUGAUCGACUACCACUCGAUUCUCUCGUUAUUCAUCAUCUUGAUUGUGCAAUCGAACGAUAUCGUGUUCAUAACCUUUCGGUAGAUACUUACAUUCUCGAUAAAGUUUGUUCGAAAAUCUAUCCUCGAAUUAAUGAUAAAAUAACUAAACUUGCUCUUGAUCCAUUUUCAACGGAACCUAUUCUUAGUGUUGUGAAAUAUCCUCAACUACAUUCAUAA